AUGAAAAACGGAAUAAAACUUAUAAGACUGCUAAAUGUUUAGCUUGUAUUAAUGCUAAUGAUCUGUCAUUGAUAGUUGAAGAAAUAAAUAAUAAGAGAGAAAAUGAACAAAAAGAUGAUCGUCAAAAACGGUUAAAAAAAGCACAUAGUAAAAAACGUUCAAGAGAAGUUUAUGAUGAUAAUCAAGAUGUAACUUCUUUAGUUUCUACACUACCAAGUAUCAAUUCAACAAGAUCCUUAUCUACACAAUCUACACAACCUACUUUUACUGAUACUCAACCAAGUAAUGAUAGUAUUCUUUUUUAUAUGCCUCAGCGACUUACUACCGAAAGUACUAAACAUUGGCAUAAUCUUGUAUUAAGAACUACUGUAUCUUGUA